ACCGGGAUGUCGGUGUUGCGGCCGCAGGACCAGCUGCCUGGCCUGAACGCGGCCACCAUCUUGCUGGUGGGCACGGAGGAUGCUCUUCUGCAGCAGCUGGCCGAUGCGAUGCUCAAGGAGGACUGCGCCUCGCAGCUGAAGGUCCACUUGGCUCAUUCCCUCCCUCUGCCUUCCAAUGUGAGUCGCCCCAGAAUUGACCUAAUUGUGUUCUUGAUCAACCUUCACAGCAAAUACAGCCUGCAGAACGUGGAGGAGUCCCUGCACCAUGUGGACGCCACCUUCUUCCUGGGGAAGGUGAGCUUCCUGGCCACCGGCGCUGGGCGGGAGAGUCACUGCUGCAUCCACCGGAACACUGUGCCGAAGCUGGCCCAAGCCUACCGGAGCCCCCUGCUCUUCUGUGACCUGGAGGUGGAGGGCUUCCGCGUCACCAUGGCGCAGCGCCUGGUCCGCAUGCUGCAGAUCUGCGCUGGCCACGUGCCCGGCGUCUCAGCCCUGAGCCUGCUGUCUCUGCUGAGGAGCUCCGAGAGCCCCUUCCCAGAGGACCUGUGAGGGCGCCCGGCUGAAGGCUGCUUAAGGCUCCGCAGGCCCCUCAUCUGUGCUCGGGCAGGGAGUGCUGGGCUGGGAGUCCCAGUGGUGGGACCAGCCCCCUCCCCCCACACUCACUCCAGCAGAGCCUUGUCUUUAUCCACUGGACAUGGUCCAUUUCCACUCAAGACUUCAUUUGAACAAAGGGUCUGUAGCUAAAAACAACUUGAAAUUCAUGGUCUCACCCACCACUUUGAUUUUGCAGAUGAACUGACUCAGAACACUUAAGAGUAGGGUUGGGGAGGGGAACUUGGUCUCCAUGAGCCCAGUUUGACUCCACCUCUGAGCCUUGCUAUUCUUAGAGAACCUGGUUGUUGCCUCUUGGCACCUCAGUUUCCCCAGGUGAAGUGAGCUCGUUCUCCCUUGGGCUGUGAGGGCUGACUGACAGGACAACAGUGAAGGGUCUGAGCUGGUGUUACCCCUGUGCCUGUUUGUGUGCUGAUGUAUUUCUUAAUAAAUUAUGUUA